GUAUAGAUUGACAGGCCAACACAUGGUCGGAGUGUUACAAAGCCUUGCGGUUUUAUGUAUUUUUACAUCAUUAGUCAUCAUGGAGCAAUCCUGCGAUCAGAUUGUGUUUGACAUAAUGAAUAUAGCAAGAAUCAUAUUUUUUUUAACCAUUUCAUGUGGUCACGGUUGCUUGAUAUUGAUACGCAGGUUUUAUAUGCAGACACAAGCAACAAAAGACAAUAGCUCAGGCCGAUUUGAAAAGCUUUUGUCAUCUGAUGAAACAGAAAUACAGUGCCCAAUAAUACAACGAAAAACAACAACUGGACAGUGCACGGCUGGAGGGAGUUGGCUGAAAACCGCAACCUACAACCGGAGACUAAGCAAGAGCCUGGUUAUCCUAUUCCCGAUCAAACAGAGCAGUUCUGUUCAUGUGCAAAAAAUGGAUUUUUGGUCGCAACAAUUCAUCUGUGAAAUUGAAAGGAAAAAUGGAGAAUUCUAUCCUCCAACAACUUUACUAAACAUUGCUGCAAGGUUAAAAGGGUAUCUUCGAAAUGAAGAAUCCAUGCACGUGAACUUUGUUAAAACUGAAGAUUCUUUUUUUUUAACUUCGCAGAAUAUUGGAUCCACGCAUGCGCGAGUUGUCUAUAACGAGGGUAUAUGGGUCGAAGUCAACUGUUAAAAAAGUGGAGUUUUAACAAAAUGUGGAAAAAAAAGUUUGUCAUGUAAUUAUGAAAAAUGGAUAUUCUGUAUGUUUUUUUAAGAUAUGUAUUAGUUUCGAACUUUGAGAUUUCUCUAAUUGAAUUAUUCCAUGUCUAUGAUUUUCAGUGAUCAGCCACAAACUGUUUUCUAAUGUUUGAAUUAUAACCAUGGUACUGUUUCAAUAAUUUUUGUACAUGUAAAAGCUUGGAUUUAUAAAUAACCGUAUGAAAAAUGCUUUCUUAUUUGUUUACUUUAUUCGCAUGCCACAUUCAUUGUCUAAUGUUAAACUCCGCCCAUAUCCAUAACGUCAUAUUUGUCAGAUAUCACGUCAAUACCUGUUAAAAUAAGUCAACUUAUUUUUCACAUACACCAGUCCCAGUAUAGUGUAUGCAAAAUAUUUCAAAUAAA